UCUGUGGUCCUUCUUCUGUCAAAUUCUAAAAUCAGUUUGUGAUUAUUUUGCUGAGUUUAAUAAUUUCAACUGAAUUCAACCUUUCCGUGUAUUAUUUGUAUUGUUAACGAGUGAACUAUGUAUUACAGAUGAUAAGCGAGUAAGCAUAAGAUAUUGGUGUUAGUGAUUGUGCAACAUGUUUGCUCAUUAGUGGAAUAAGUUGGACGAUCAUUUCUUGUUUGUCAAGAAGCAUUCAACAUGGAAAACAACGGGGAUACGGACCGGGGAAGCAUGCUAGUCCGCUGCGCAUCUCAAUCGUCCCUCGACGAGUCGUCCCAGCGGGUCGGCAGCCGCGCCCCCCGCGCCCCCCACGCCGCAGACUCGGGGGACGACCACGCGGGCAAGCUACUCGGGGCCCUGGCGGCUCUGAGGAGGGACAGGGCGCUGUGUGAUGUGCUGCUGUGUGCCAGGGAUGGAGACAUGGUGGGGCAGGUCAAGGUUGCUGAGAUGGGGGAUAGAACAAUGCCAGAAUCCGAAUCAGAGUCAGCAAAUAAAGAAAGUGAAGACACCGAAAGCAAGACAUCAACCGUAACUGGCACCGCCAACCUCUGCGAGACAAUCACUGAGCAGAACGAACAGAACGAACGAGCAGACGACCGGAGCGAAGAGGAGCAGCAGAGCGAAUCAAGCAAUACCGAAGAGGCAGCUGAAGCGAAACAGAGCGAAGCUGUUAGAGCCGAGGGUAGCGAAUGUUUGAGGAAUAGAGUCGAGAGGAGCGAAGUGUUGAGAUGCAAUAGCGAGUGCAGUGGAGACUCGGCGAUUGCCGUGCCAGCUCACCGGGCCGUGUUAGCCGCUUGCUCGCCGUACUUCAGAGCUAUGUUCACACAGUUUGAUGAGAAAACCAUGCACACUAUUACUAUACAGAACGUCGAUCCACAAGCAUUGGAGAUGAUCGUCGAAUAUAUUUACAACCCUGAAUCUCUCUGCAUUACCGAAGAUAAUGUUCAGGCACUUCUAUCAGCCUCCUCCCUACUCCAAGUCUCCGGGGUGCGUCAAGCCUGCUGUUCCUUCCUCGCCUCCGCCCUAACCGCCGAAAACGCCCUCGGAAUCCGUGCCUUCGCCGACCUCCACGCCUGCACUGACCUCGCCCAACUAGCUCUCCGCUACAUUGAGCGACACUUCUUAGAGAUCGUGCAACACGAUGAGUUCUUAACUCUAGAUGUGAAUAACCUCUGUGAAAUACUCUCGAGUGAUUCUCUAUGUACUGGGGGGGUAUGUGGGGGGCCGGCGGGGGGUGCGGGGGGCGAGGAGGCGGUUUUAGACGCGGCGCUGCGCUGGGUGAGACAUGAUGAGAGGGAGAGGCUGGGGUAUCUGGCAGACGUGCUGGAACAAGUCAGACUGCCGUUGUUGCCUCAUGAGGUGCUAGUAGCGCGGGCGCAGCAGCCGCCGCUGCGGCAGGGUGCCGUCGCCGUGAAGGACCUCAUCAUCGAGGCGCUGAGCUUCCACUUGCUGAGACCCUCGCGCCGCCCCCCCGCGCGCCGCCACCGCCCCCGCGCCGCCCCACAGGCGCCACAGCUGCUGCUGGUGGUGGGCGGGCAGGCCCCGAAGGCGAUCCGCGAGGUGGAGGCGUAUGAGCUGGACACCGGGCGCUGGCUGCCGUGCCGCCCGCUGCUCAGCCGCAGAUGUCGCGCCGGCCUCGCACUUCUAGAUGGAAAGGUGUACGCUGUAGGCGGCUUCAACGGCACCCUGCGCGUGCGCUCCGUGGACAUCUACGACCCGGCCCGAGACACGUGGUCCUGCGGGCCCCCGCUGUGCGCCCGCCGGUCCACCCUCGGAGUCUGUGCUCUAGGGGGGAAGCUCUAUGCCGUGGGUGGCUUCGACGGCGCGACGGGCCUCUGUUCCGCGGAAGUCUUCGACCCGGCAGUGGGGGCGUGGCGAGCCGCCGCCGACAUGCGCACGCGCCGCUCGUCCGUAGGAGUAGCGGCUUUGGAGGGGAGGGUUUACGCCGUGGGGGGGUACGACGGGGCUAAUAGACAGUGCCUGAAUACUGUUGAACGCUACGACCCCGCGACAGACCGCUGGGAGCCAGUCGAGAGCAUGUCGGCGCGGCGCUCGGGGGCCGGCGUGGGGGUCUGCGGGGGCGCGCUGUGGGCGCUGGGGGGGCACGACGGGCCCGCGGUGCGCCGCUCCGUCGAGCGGUACUGCCCCGGCACGGGCUGGUCGGCGGCGCCGCCCAUGCUGAGCGCGCGGCGCAACGCGGCCGUGCUAACACACGGCGGGAAGAUCUACGUCGUGGGCGGGGACGAUGGAGCCACCAAUCUGAAUACUGUUGAGGUAUUCGACCCAGAAACAGAACAGUGGACGGAGCUAGAGGCGCGCAUGUCGACUGGACGCUCUUACGCCGGAGUCGCGCUCAUAGAGCGGCCCAACUGAUGCCACGCCCCCCCGCGCCGCUUCCCCUCCUACGCCAACCUGCCGCCCGACUCGCCGACAUCGCACAUCUACUCCGUGAUCGAGGGCGCGGGGGCAGGGGCGGGGGCGCGGGGGGCGGGGUGCGGGGGCGGCUCGCAGACGCUCGAGUUCAACCAG